GAGGAACUGCAGCGAAAGCCCACUGACGUUAAACCGUAUGAUCAUUUGUUGUCUUGUUCUUUGCCGAUGAACAGCUCCCUGCGAGGGCGUUUUUCUUCAUUUGACACAUUAAAAAGUUAUACUUGCAUAAGUUAAUCCAGUACAUCAAUAUUUACAUUCAAGUUGUAGUGCUCAACUGGUAUAGCGUGGCAUUAAUUGAAAAUAGUCAAGCAACAUACGAGUAACAUCCAACAGCUUCAGUGAGUGUUCUGUUACAUUCCACAGCUGUUUAAUAAAAAAACAAGUUGCACAAUUAGAAAAAUGAUAGAAAGUGAAAACAUCUCAUAUCUACAGUGUUCUAUUUGAAGCUGGCAGAAUGAACGUGAAUUACAUAAACAUCUGUGCAGUUGCUCGUGUUCUGAUCAUGUCUUUACAGUCACACAGACUUUGCUGUAUGAGUCCUGGGGCAUUCUCAUCACGGCCAAUCAGAGAGAUACAGGAAGCCAAGCACAGCAACACUCCCCACCACUCACACUAACCGCAAUGACUGAAAAAAUCAUCCUUGAACAUUUGAAAAGCGCAAAGGGUGGAAAGAGACGGCAGAAAACCUCCAAACUGGGGAAAGAACCGUACCAGCGUGCAGUGUUACUGUUCAAGCCAUCCUCUCUAUGGAGAAGUCUGUCUGUUCCACACCGAGACGUUGCACACCAGUGGACGGGGAAACUCCGCUGCCAGAGGCCCUGAAUUCAAAGGACACAAUGAAGCAGUUUCUUUCAGAUCGUGUGGUAAAGGCAGCGAGGUCGGUCCACAGUGUCAUGAUCGAUGGGAACCCAGGUCUGAUUAGAGACAGAAAGCAUCACCUCAAAACAUACAGACAAUGUAGUUCGGGGAAGGAACUUGUGGAUUGGCUGAUGAAACAAAAUGAAUGCCUUCAAUCCAGGAGUCAAGCAGUUGGAAUGUGGCAGGUGUUGGUGGACGAAGGAAUCCUUGUUCAUGUGAAACAUGAAUUGAACUUCCAUGACAAGGAGACCCAAUUCUACCGCUUCCAGGACUCCGAGUUUGGACUGAACCACAUAUCCAACGAGAAGGACUCCGAGGAGGAGCUGCAGGAGAGCCUGUCGCUGUUAUCUCAGCUGGGACCCGACGCUCUGCUCACUAUGAUUCUACGCAAGUGCCCCAGUCAGAGGAGUGCCGAGGACCUGGAGGUCAUCUAUGAGGAGCUGCUCCAUGUCAAGGCUGUAGCUCAUCUCUCCACCUCGGUGCGUAAGGAGCUGGCAGCGGUGCUGGUCUUUGAAUCACAUGCCAAGGCCGGAGCAGUCUUGUUCAGUCAGGGGGAAAAAGGGACUUCUUGGUACAUCAUCUGGAAAGGCUCUGUAAAUGUGAUCACACAUGGGAAGGGCCUGGUCACUACGCUACAUGAGGGUGAGGACUUUGGGCAGCUGGCUUUGCUGAAUGAUGCCCCUCGUUCCGCCACCAUCAUCUUAAGAGAAGACAACUGCCAUUUCCUCCGCGUUGAUAAGCAGGACUUCAUACGCAUCCUCAAGGAUGUGGAAGCCAACACGGUGCGACUGGAGGAGCAUGGGAAGACUGUGCUGGUGUUGGAGAAGAGAACCGAGUGGGCCCAGCAGGGAGGGGCAGGAAACAGCAAGUACACAGUUAUGUCAGGAACACCUGAGAAAAUCCUAGAACACCUACUGGAAACGAUAAAGUUGGACUCCAAUGGAAACGACUCAAUAGAUCCAUGUGUGAGUGACUUUCUCCUCACUCACAAGGUCUUCAUGUCCACCAGCCAGCUGUGUGCUGCACUACAGCACCACUAUCAGGCGGAGCUGUCGGAGGGUUCAGAGCAGGAGCAGGCUUCCUACAUCCUCACCACCAAGCAGAAGGUGGUCAAGCUGAUCGGCCAGUGGGUGGCACUGUAUGGCCUUCUGCUGAAAGAAGACCCUGUUGCCUUGGACUCUUUGGAGAGGCUGAAGAAGGAGGUGGCGGGAGAUUUCCGUCUGUUCAGCAUACUGAAAGAACAAUUCAGGGAAAGGAGGAGAACAAAAGUGUCGGAGAACGGAUACCAGACAUUGAGCAGGAAUCAGCCAUUCGAUUGGUUUUCAAACUGCGAGGAGCCAGUGGGGAGGUUACAACCAAUCAGAGCUAAAGAUAAAGUGCUGUAUGAGAUUUACAGGCCAGACAACAAACCUCUCACUCUGAUGCUCCCAGUGAACACAUCUGUAAAGGAUGUGAUGUCAGCUAUCGUCAAACCUGGCGGGGAUCACAUCUUGGUCAAAAUGAACUCCAUGGGAGAAAGAGCUCAGUUAAAGAUGGAUGCGAAUGCAGUCUACACGGCUCUGGGCCUCAACGAGAGACUCUUCAUCUGCACAAGCAGCCAAGCAGAAAAACUGAUGCCCCUGAAGGAACAGCAAGGUCCAGAGCGAGGAACGACUGACCUCCUUGAACAGAUGGGCUCCAAAGACAUCGCCAAUGAGCUCACCAACUACGAUUGGGAACUGUUCACUGCCAUGCAUGAGGUGGAGCUGGUCUACUACAUAUUCGGCCUACAUAAAUUCCCCGGUGCCAUCACGGCUAACCUGGAGCGGUUUGUGCGUCGUUUCAACGAGGUGCAGUACUGGGUGGUAACCGAGCUGUGCAUCUGUGAAGACCUGGUGAAACGAGCCAUUCUGCUCAAGAAGUUCAUAAAGAUUGCCGCAGUAUUAAAGGAACAGAAGAAUCUCAACUCGUUCUUUGCCGUGAUGUUCGGUUUGAGCAACAGUGCAGUGCACAGGCUUUACAAGACCUGGGAGAGAAUACCCAGCAAGAUCAAACGAAUUUACUGCGCUUAUGAGAGGUUGAUGGAUCCCUCACGCAACCACAGGGCCUACAGGUUGGCUGUGGCCAAACUCAGUCCUCCUUACAUCCCCUUCAUGCCUCUGCUGCUCAAAGACAUGACGUUCAUCAAUGAUGGAAAUCCAAACUACGUAGACAAAUUGGUGAAUUUCGAGAAAGUGCGAAUGAUUGCCAAGACAGUGAAAAUUGUACGAGGGUGCAGAAGCCAGCCGUAUGUGCCAUCGUCUCCACAGAGGGGCCUGGCAGAUCGGAUGUUUCUGGAGGGGCCUUCCACUCGCAUAUCUACAUACUCCGAGCUCGCCUUUCCUCUGCGGAGUCCCAGCAGCAUCCGACACUACAUUCAGAACCUGAAAGUGAUCGAUAACCAGCGCAAGCUGACACAGCUCUCCAGAACAAUAGAAUGCUAGAGCAACAUCCCGCAAAUGUAUAAAGACUGUAGAACCGUAGAUGGACGUCUGGAGGUGCUGUUUGCAGUGUUAAUGCAAGGACUUCGAUUGAUGAGCUUUCUGCACACCAUCAAGAGGGGAAAAAAGUCUUGUGGGAACAGUUGUAUCCUUAAAAGUGAACCAGAAGAUCCAAUUCUCGAUCCAAAAAGCCUUACAACAGCGUGUGUGCCACAGUGGAAACAAAAGCUGUGCUACAUGUACAGUGAAGCAAAGUGUAAAGAUUCCUUGAUGUAACAUUUUGUAUAAAACUGUUGAUAUAUUAACAUUACAAAUGGGUCACUUAGUAUAUUCUGUUGCAAUGUUUAUUAAUGCAGUAGCUGAAGGGAGGUAAACUUGGACCAAAGCUGUUGCCCUAGCAACAGUGUGGCAAUGAAAAAAGGUCCUUACCGCCGUCUGUGGAUGUACAAAAGGGCCAUAAAAACACAACACAGAGCUUAUCACUUUAGUUCAGUUUUUUUGUGCACUAGUAGCGUUUCAUUUUACCCGAUUAUCCUUUUUUCUGGCAAUGACGCCACUAACUGACAUGCAUUAACUUUCAUAUGUUUUCUAAAUAAAUUAUUUUCUCUAUUAUGUGUGUCAAUGAAAGCACAAGUUUGUAAAAAGGAAAUAUUUUAUUAAAAGUACAAACUGUAACAGGUAAAAAGUGACCUAAAGACCCUCCCACUCCCCAUCUAUUCUCCUGAAAAAUGUUCUCCCCAAUAUGGGGUGAAAGAAAUUCACAACAAAUCAGUUAACCUUUGAUUUCAAAAAUACUCCCUGUCAUAAAUAUAUACAACACCUUUUUGGAAGUCCUUGAGAGCGAAAAUGGGCCAAGACCAGAAAAAGAAAGUAAAACACGGCUUCUCCCCCUGAUGUCACCAUAGAAGUAGUAAAAUGAUCAUUAUAAAUAAUGGGUUGCUAUUUUGAGUCGAGAACAGAAAAUUGAUUGUUGAUGUUUUAUAUAAACUACUAUAAGGGGGAUUUGAUGGAUCAUUUGACAAAUUGUAAAUCGCUAGCUGAUAAGAGGUUUAUGAGUGUGAUGAUGGAGGCAGACACAUGUAAAACUUAUGGUUAAUACGUCGUCUGUGUUUGGUCAGGUGCAACAGUAGAGCACAUAAAUUACAAAAAUAUG